AUGGAACUCGUCCAUACUAAUGUCUCGAGACACUUCCAGUACGUCACGCUUUCUCACCGCUGGGGUGAUGCAGAGCCAUCAUUGCGCGACAUCGAGGGCCACUCGAUAUAUGGCAUGUCAACCAAGGGAGGCUUUGGAAAGCUCCAAGCCUUCUGUCGUGUUGCUUUGGAGCGGGAUUACAUAUGGGCAUGGAGCGAUACGUGCUGCAUCGACAAACACAGCAGUGCCGAGGUACAAGAAACGAUAGGUUCAAUGUUCGCGUGGUAUCGGCAGUCUGCCUUGACCAUCGUAUACCUCUCUGAUGUUCCCAGUGCUGGUUUUCUCGGCAACAGCGAAUGGUUCAGACGCGGGUGGACCCUCCAAGAACUACUGGCUCCCAAAACCGUAGUAUUCUAUACCCAAGACUGGUCACUUUAUAAGAGCUCAACGCCGUCGAAUCAUAAGACCGAUGUCGCCGUGCUGGAAGAGCUGGAGAGGGAAAAUGGAAUAGAAUCGCGUUUCCUCGCCAACUUUUUUCCCGGUAUGGAUGAUGCACGCUCGAGACUGCAAUGGGCAUCAUCGCGUCGCACCACCAGACCCGAAGAUAUUGCUUAUUCGCUUUUCGGGAUCUUCAAUCUUCACCUUCCCGUUCUGUAUGGCGAAUCCGCCAAGAACGCGCUUGGCCGUCUUCUGGCGGAAAUCAUAUCAGAUUCUGGGGAUAUCUCGGUUCUAGAUUGGGUUGGGGAGGCAUCUUCGUUUCAUAGCUGUCUCCCUGCUCACAUCACCUCGUAU